UUCCUUCCGGCCGCCAUUUUAUCUGCUUGCUCGCUCGCUCGCUCGCUCUCCGGCUGGCAGGGUCGGCGUCCCCCGCCGCCAUGUCCAAGCGCCACCGACUUGACCUCGGCGACGACUACGGCUCUAGCAAGAAGCGCGCCGCCUCCGACGGGAAGGACCGGGAUCGUGACCGGGAUCGUGAUGAUCGUUCCAAAGACCGGGACAGGGAUCGAGACAGAGAUCGUGAACGGGAAAGAGAUAAGGACAAAGAUUUGCGUCCUUCAGCCAACUCGGCUCUCCUCGCCGGAGUUGGGUUGCCCCCUUUGAAACCCACCAUAUUUCCACAGGGUAUCAACCCAUUCACAAACCUGCCACACACACCUCGCUAUUAUGAAAUCUUAAAGAAACGCCUACUGCUCCCAGUGUGGGAAUACAAGGAAAGAUUUACCGACAUCCUCAUCCGAAAUCAGUCCUUUGUGCUGGUUGGUGAGACCGGUUCCGGUAAAACCACGCAGGUGGGUUUUGGUGCAGCCGUUCUUAAUUUUUGCAAACCCUCGUGCGGACCCGUAUGCGGCGCUCCGCGCUCCGUUUGAACAUCUCUGUGGAAU